AUGGCGGCCAUUGAUUGGAUGGAGAGGGUGGUGCGGGAGCAGGCGAUAAAGUGCGAGGUUGAGCGCGUGGAUGGGUACCUCUUUCCACCCGACAACUCCUCCUUGGACGCCAAGCGCAAGCUCAUGCAGCUGGCGGCGUGUGAGCGCAUAGGCCUCACGGACACGGCUCUCGUGGACCUACAGGGCAAACCUGCCCUCGCCUCGCUCUCCUCUGCCCUCCGCUUCCCCAACGCUGCUGACUUUCAACCCCUCAACUACCUGCAGGGGCUAGCGAGGGCGAUCAUGGGGAUGAGGGGCAGGAUCUACAAGAACACGCGCGUGGUGCGCAACUCCUCCUCCACCACUCUCGAGCUCAGCACGGGCGUGCGCGUGACAGCUGGUAGCGUCGUAUCGGCGAACAAAUCGCCCAUCAAGCAGGACCUGGCGGUGCACUCGAGGCAGAUCACCUACCGCACCUACGUCGUGGGGCUCGCCGUGCCCAAGGGCUCCAUGAGCUCAGUGCCGUCACCUUUCAAGUGGGGUGGUCAUCGGUCAAGUGCGGUGACAGGGGAUAGUGCAGACAGGUCAGCACAGGUGAGAGAGCGGCAAGACCUACAUGGUGUGGUGUGGUUGGCCAUGCGGCCCAUGCCCACAUGCACUGUGCGGGGAGGCUUCGCCAUGCCACAUCAACUGCCACCAUUUUGGCUCUCCUUCCCUCACCUCUCUCCUCUUCCACACCCCCUUUCCCGGCCACCUUCCUCCCCUUCCUUCUCUCCCCCACCAGCUGUGCCCAGCGCGCGUUUCAUUCCCACCAGGCGCGCGCAGUGGUGGGACACGGUGUCGCCGCACCACUACGUGCGCAUUGCUCGCGGGCCAAGCAGGGCGGACAUGAGCACGCUCAUAGUGGGCGGCGAGAACCACCCCGCGGCCGUGCUGCCACCCAGGGAGUACCGGCACUCGUACGCGCGCCUGGAGGGCGUGGGGCAGGGCCAGGUGGACCACCACUGGACCAGUGCUCUUCACCGCGACUAG